AAAACAAAGCUUCUUCACACGUACACGCUGCCGAAAUUUACUCAGAAACGUCCGAGUCGGAAAACAGCAAACGUGAGAUUAACACACAACCUGAAACUGAAGACCCUGCACAAAAACAGGGGCCAUUGCAGUUUUCCGAGCCAAAUACCAAUGAUCAGAGAAACGAAACUUCUUCACCUGUUACCGAGAAUUAUUCAGAAAUGUCCAAGUCAGAAAACAGCAUACAUGAGAUUAACACACAACCUGAAACUGAAGACUCUACACAAAAACAGGUAUCACCCGAGCCAAUUAGCAAUGAUCAGAGAAACAAAACUUCUUCAUCUGUUACCGAGAAUUACUCAGAAACGUCCAAGUCAGAAAACAGCAUACUCAAGAUUAACACACAACCUGAAACUGAAGACUCUACACAAAAACAGGUACCACCCGAGCCAAUUACCAAUGAUCAGAGCGCGGACGGUCAGCAUUCCGGCGACGGAAUUAUUUCUGCAAAGGAAGACGAUAAUAAUUGUAAUAUAAAUGACAAAAACUCUACUGAACAACUUGCGGAAGUCAAUAAUAUCCAUCAAACAAUUCCGAAUUUAUAUCAACUUGUUCAAUUGUGUUUGGACGAAAGCACUACCGGGCGGAGUGAUUCUCUAGUGAACAAGGCCAUUAUUUAUCCAGAAGAACUGGAAAAAGUCUGUAACAAGUUGGCUCCUGGAAGUUGUCGAUCGGUCUCUGAUAUACAAUUUAAACAGUUGGCAGACGUCAAUGUUCAACUAGUUGGUUGUUACGGAAAUCGUGAGACCAUUUCUAAACUGUUGCUUCAAAACAAUGUCAUCGACAAAGAUAGAUACGAGAAAUUUAUUAAAGGCGAACAAACAUUGGCUACCGGGCUUUAUUUGUUAAUUAUUGAGUCGAAUAUGAAUUUCCAGCAGUCGCAGAAAACUACAGUGGGAGUCAGUACAAAGUUUGGUUUUGUAAUCUUGUGGCUGGAAAAGCAGUUUUACGAUGAAAAAGAAAUAUUGACAAGCGCAACAAACCUUCACCGAUUUCUUACACGAUUGACGGACCAUCAAAUCUGUUUAAUGAGUGAAGAAGAUUUAAGAAAUUUUUCCUUUUCCGUAAAUACAGCAAGUCCAAACAGGAUUAUUAACAUUAAAGUUAAAACAGACCAAAAACAAGAAAAAGGUGUUUCAGUUGGCGAUAAAUUUAAGAUCAAGGUAUCAGAUCUGGCCAUAUGUAAUGGAGAUCCAUCAAAAGCUUUUAUCAUAGAAUCGAAUGCUCUACAAUCCUUGGCUAUUACGCAAAACAUUAGUGAAUCCACAACUCUGGAAGAAACAAUGAAAUUUAGCUCUUUGGAUGAAUUCCAAAAGUUUUUGAAAAAGAAGUUGGAUGAAAAACGUUAUGCUUUGAGUUUAAGUGAUUUGAGUGCAAAUGAACUAGUUCUUUUGAUUGAAAAGGGUUUAGCUAAACCUGAUUUUUUAGUUGAAUAUAAGAACAAAAUAUCAGACUUGAGAAAACAAAGAAAUGAGAAAAUUGAUGAAUACAAAAACGUAGUAAAUCAAUGGGCUCUUUUACUUCUGGAAAAUUAUGAAAGACUAUUUGAAAAAAAGUCUCUAAAUGUCAGCUCAUUUUCAGUAGAGGACAACUCUGAACUGAAAAAGGUUUAUGCUGGACAUGCAAAAGUUUGUGAAGACAUAAAGGCUAGUAUUUUACAAAUUGAUAGCGAGGGUUGGAAGUCAUUGAAGUGUGAUUUUUACAAUAAAACAAAAAAAACAGCGUGGCAGAGAUGGACUUCAUCAGCUAAGUCCGGAAAAGAGAUUGACAAAAUAUCAGAUACCGAAUUUAUUGCUGAUAUACUAGUGCACAGUGCAAGUAAAAAUGUCAUUCCAAAACUUCAAGAAGAGUAUCAAUGUUGGAAGAAUGACGAGAAUAUUAACAAAAAACUGGAGGAAUGUUGGGAACCACAUGUUCAAAACAUGACCAAAGAUGAAAAUUUUUUCAAGUAUAAGGAAAAAGCAAGUAAUAUUGAUAAAGUAGAAGCUGAAACAUUAAAGAAAAAACUUGAAUCAACAUAUUCCAUUGGAGAGAAAAUGUUUGUCAAAAAAUUGCAACAUCAUCAAGGAUCUGAUCAAUAUGAGUUUCAGUAUGUCAUUGAAGUAGUCAAACCCCCCCUUUGUGAACUAAGGAUAUUGGAAUUGCCAAGCAGUUAUAUCAGAAAAGCAAAUGUCAAUUACACAAACACGAAUUUAUUGAAUGCAUGUCGAAAAAUCUUGUAUAUAAAUGCGAGAUUUGAAAUCAGGUAA